AUGUUAGUAUAUGGUAUAUGGCACACUUUGCUCUGUGUGCUUGGUUUAUUCUUGCUGAAUACACUCCUCUGUGGACAUGCUGAAGGACAGAAUAAUGAAGAAAAGAGGACUGAGCACUCUGAUGUUGGGAGCAGAGAAACAGUUGAAAACAAGGCUGUUGUGACUCUGCAACCAAACUGGUCUGAAAUAUACAGAGGAGAGAAGAUCACUCUCAGAUGUGAGAUCAAGGACGGAGGAGACACUGAGUGGACGUAUGAAUGGAAAACAACCAGCUCAAGAAAACCUUCAAAUCAAAAUGAACACAGUAUUCGGUCUACUACUGUAUCCCACAGUGGAGAGUACAGCUGUAAGGGCAGAAUGAAACAUGCUCAACAGUCUUGAACAGAUUGGAGUGAUCCCAUCAAAUUGACAGUAUUUGACAAACCUCAGUCUGUCCUCACUGUGUCUCCAUUAUGGCUGAGUCCUGGAGACUCUGGAUGGAGGUUCUUCUGGUAUAAGACUGUUCCUGAUCUACCAUACUACUACAGCUCUGAGCUGCUACCUGGCAGCAGCAAUGGGACUGAACAGGAUUCCUACAUCGUACAUGGACCAACACACACAGCAGGAUAUAAGUGCAGAGCUGGAAGAGGAGAUCCAGUGUAUUACACUGAUUAUAGUAAAUCCCAGUUUGUCUGGUCUGGAGAUUUUCAUCCAUCAGCGUCUCUCACAGUGAGUCCUGACAGAGUGCAACACUUCACCUCUGACUCUGUCUCACUGAGCUGUGAGGGAAACUCUACUGAGUGGAGAGUGAGGAGGUUUACUGAGAACAGCUACCAUUCAUACUGCUCCUCCUGGGGGACAAUGAAUGGAUCCACAUGCAACAUAGACAGUUUCUGGCAGAGUGAUGCAGUGUACUGGUGUGAGUCUGGAUCAGGAGACUUCAGCAACGCCGUCAACAUCACUAUACAGCAAACAGAUAUUAUCCUGGUGAGCCCUGCCCAUCCUGUGACUGAGGGAGAUUCUGUUAGUCUGAGCUGCAGAUUGAGAAGACAAACAUUUGAGUCCAAUGUGUUUUUCUAUCUAAAUGAGAAACUGAUUCAAAAUGAUACCAGAAGGGAGCUGAAUAUCUCUGCAGUGUCAAAGUCAGAUGAGGGUUUCUACAAGUGUCAAUACUCACAACAAGUGUCAGCACAGAGUUGGAUGUCAGUUUAUGGCUUUGAGGGCGGCGACCCUCCUGUCUUCCUGGAGUGCGGCGGCUCUGCAGACUGUCUUUCCUGGCUCGCCGUGCUUAGAGACGCCAACACCGAGACGCUCAGGCGACGCAUCGCACAUCUCCACUCUUUCAUUAACACGCACAGCGCCCGGGAACAC